CCUGAGUAGCUGGUAUUUACUGACAGUAGAGAGAGAGAGCACCCUCCUGAGUAGCUGGUAUUUACUGACAGUAGAGAGAGAGAGCAUCCUCCUGAGUACCUGGUAUUUACUGACAGUAGAGAGAGAGAGCACCCUCCUGAGUAGCUGGUAUUUACUGACAGUAGAGAGAGAGCACCCUCCUGAGUAGCUGGUAUUUACUAACAGCAUACAUGCAGCAGCAUUCUUCAACCUCCUGAAGGGAGGAGACGUUUCUCCCAUCUUCGCCAGAAGUCUUUUGAAGGACUCAGAGUGGUGACUGCAUAGGAGAGGGAAGACCUCAGACCAGAGCUUUAACGACAUAAACCAGGCCGUACAGUAACAUCCAGUACCAUCCUCGAAGAGGCCCGGCUGAAGAAGAAGAGGUCUCAGAGGAGAAGAGUUCACAUUAAAACACAGGAAACACCUGAAAACGCUCCCAGGUUCAUCUUCAAGAAACACUGACACACAUUCUCACACACACUCACAGGGAGUUUACAGAACUCCCUCACAUUCCUCAAAGGUAGAUCAUUUCCUCUUGAAGGACAACAAUCAACCAAUCAGCCAAUCAUUCAGCCAGUCAGCCAAUCAGGAUGUCUCGUUGGGGCCGUAAGGAUGUGAAGAAGACUCCUGAGGUGAUCAGGACGGUAACAGAGGGGCUGAAGUCUCUGUACCGUCAGAAACUCCUCCCCCUGGAGCAGUACUACGGUUUCCAUGACUUCCACUCCCCCUCUCUGGAGGACGCAGACUUUGACAACAAACCCAUGGUGCUGGUGGUGGGGCAGUACUCCACUGGCAAGACUACGUUCAUCAAGUAUCUGUUGGAGCAGGAUAUCCCAGGAAGCAGGAUAGGGCCAGAGCCCACCACCGACUGUUUCACAGCCAUCAUGCACGGUGAGGUAGAGGGGGUGAUCCCGGGCAACGCUCUCAUCGUUGACCCCAACAAACCUUUUCGCAAGCUCAACCCCUUCGGAAACACCUUCCUCAACAGGUUCCAGUGUGCCCAGCUGCCCAAUCAGGUCCUGGAGAGCAUCAGCAUCAUCGACACACCGGGGAUCCUGUCAGGAGCGAAGCAGAGGGUGAGCCGAGGCUAUGACUUCCCAGCGGUGCUACGUUGGUUUGCGGAGCGCGUUGAUCGCAUCAUCCUCCUGUUCGACGCCCACAAGUUGGAGAUCAGCGAUGAGUUCUCCGAGGCCAUCGGAGCGCUGCGGGGUAACGAGGACAAACUGCGCGUCGUCCUGAACAAGGCUGACAUGGUGGGAACACAACAGCUGAUGAGGAUCUACGGAGCUCUCAUGUGGUCUCUGGGCAAGGUGUUCAACACUCCAGAGGUCUUGAGGGUGUAUAUCGGGUCGUUCUGGUCCGAGCCGCUGCUGGUCCCUGAUAACCGUCGUCUGUUUGAGUUGGAAGAGGAAGAUCUGUUCAGUGACAUCCAGAACCUUCCUCAUAACGCAGCCCUCAGGAAACUCAACGACCUGGUGAAGAGGGCACGACUGGUCAGGGUGCAUGCCCACAUCAUCAGCUAUCUAAAGAAGGAAAUGCCAACCUUCAGGAAGGACAAAAUGAAGAAGAACCUGAUCUACCAGCUUCCUGUCAUCUUCUCCAAGAUCCAGCUGCAGCACCAUAUCUCUGCUGGGGACUUCCCUGACUGCGCCAAGAUGCAGGAGCAACUGUUGAUCCAUGACUUCACUAAGUUCAAGCCCCUGAAGCCGUCCCUGAUGGCCGCUCUGGACGAGCUGCUGGCGUCCGACAUCGCCAAGCUCAUGCCCCUGCUACGCCAGGAGGAGAUUGAUGCGGGGGUGCAACCAGGGGUGCAGGGGGGGGCCUUCCUGGGAACCCGCGCCGGGCCCUUCAUGGAGAACGACCCAUUCGGAGAGGUGGAGAAUGGGGGGGAGGAAGGCGAGGAAGAGGGCGAGAUGGCCUGGGUCGUGACCAAGGACAAGCCCAAAUACGACGAGAUCUUCUACAACCUGGCGCCCAACGAGGGCAAGCUGAGUGGCACCAAGGCCAAGGACUGGAUGGUGAGCACCCGGCUGCCAAACUCCGUCCUGGGGAGGAUCUGGAAGCUGUCGGAUGUGGACCGGGAUGGCAUGCUGGAUGACGAGGAGUUUGCCCUGGCCAGCCACCUGAUCGAGGUGAAGUUAGAGGGGCAUGGUCUGCCCCCUGAACUGCCCGCCCGUCUGGUGCCCCCUUCCAAGCGCAGAAUGAAAGGAUCGGAUAUAUAGAGACUAUUACAUCAACCCACCCUGUGGAGCUGACACACACGCUACUGCCCCGCCCACGUUGUCCUCUUGUCUCCUUGUCUUUAUGUCUGUCAGCCCCUGGGUGUAUCUCGAUAGUCUAAGUUAAGCCCCUGGGUGUAUCUCGAUAGUCUAAGGUAGCUUCCUCUGGUCUUUUCAUCUCUGGUCUUCGAGAGGGAGACAGGAAGAAAAGGCUUGACAGAGGUGCGGAGAUGAGACUCGAACCUCCCUCCCGUUGUCAUUUGUGGUCUGGAGUCCAGUGUGUCUCCAGUCUGGUUCCUUUCCCAUAGUGCAGAUGAAUGAAAGGAAAGGAGGAAGGGGAGAUACUUUACUCUAUUGAAAUGCACCCCAAUUUAGUCUUACUGGAUCAUGUGUUUAGCUGAGCUGAGGUCAAAUAAAGGCUAGUGGCCCACACUGCUCUACUCUAUUAUACUAUAUUAUACUCUACUGCUCUACUAUAUUAUACUCUACUUCUCUACUCUAUUAUACUAUAUUAUACUCUACUUCUCUACUCUAUUAUACUAUAUUAUACUCUACUUCUCUACUCUAUUAUACUAUAUUAUACUCUACUUCUCUACUCUAUUAUACUAUAUUAUACUCUACUUCUCUACUCUAUUAUACUAUAUUGUAAUCUACUAUACUCUACUCUAUUAUAUGCUACUGUACUAUGCCAAUCUACUCUACUACAUUCUACUCUACUCUCCUUCACUCCACUCUACUCUACUCUACUCUCCUUCACUCCACUCUACUCUACUCUACUCUCCUUCACUACACUCUACUCCACUACACUCUACUACACUACACUACACUCUACUCCACUCUACUCUCCUUCACUCCACUCUACUCCACUACACUCUCCUACACUACACUCUACUCCACUCUACUCUCCUUCACUCCACUCUACUCCACUACACUCUCCUACACUCUACUCUAUUACACUCUCCUACACUACACUCCACUACACUCUCCUACACUACACUCUACUCCACUACACUCUCCUACACUACACUCUCCUACACUCUACUCUACUACACUCUCCUUCACUCCACUCCACUACACUCUACUACACUACACUCUACUACACUACACUCCACUCUACUACACUACACUCCACUCUACUACACCCUACUCUGCUCCACUCUAAUCUACUACAUUCUACUCUACUCCACUACUCCACUCUACUAUCCUACUACACUACACUAUAACCCACUCUACUACACUCUACUCUACUACUCCACUCCACUCCACUACAUUACACUACACUCUACUAUACUACACUAUUACACUCUACUACACUACUACACUCUACUACACUACACUCUACUACAUUCUACUCUACUAAAUUCUACUCUACCACGUUCUACUCUACUCCACUCCACUCUACUCAGCUCUACUCCAUUCUACUCUACUACAUUCUACUAUACUCCACUCCUCUACUAAAUUCUACUCUACUAAAUUCUACUCCACUCUACUACAUUCUACUCUACUCCACUACAUUCUCCUCUACUACACUCCACUCUACUACAUUUACUACACUCUACUAAAUUCUACUCUACUACAUUCUACUCUACUACACUCCACUCUACUACAUUCUACUCCACUACAUUCUACUCUACUACACUCCACUCUACUACAUUUACUACACUCUACUAAAUUCUACUCCACUACAUUCUACUCUACUACACUCCACUCUACUAAAUUCUACUCUACUACAUUCUACUCUACUACAUUCUACUACAUUCUACUCUACUACACUCCACUAAAUUCUACUCUACUCCACUCUACUCGACUACUCUACUCCACUCUACUCUGAACACUACUUUCUCCAAACUAGCAGUACUCCUUAACCACACAUUCUCUUUCUAGAAGUCUCGCGUGUGUAUAUGUUAUAUUCUCACACAGAUGUUGUUACGUCAGAAACUACAUUACAUUAUUAUAAAUCCUCACUAUUUCACAUCUACUGUUUAACUCAACAUUGUUUGGGAUGACUGGGUACACAGUGGUAUCACUGACUGACAAGUCUACUGUUAAUUACACACUGAUACGAUUACCGGUAUACAUGUAUCUGACUUACUCCGUACUAUAUUUGACUUGCUUUUACAUGGAGCUAUUUAGCAGGGAGUGUUUUACAAACAAACAAACAAAUAUAAACAGACUACUCAUAUACACACUAAUAUGAGUACACUAAUCUACACAUGUAUUUGAUAGACAGCUGGUGCUAUUAGCAACAGUGUGAAGCUUGUUUAGUCAUCUCUCUGUCUGUCUGUAGGGGACUGGUCUAACCAGGGACAUUAUAGCAUUUCUAUAGUAUAGUUUUACAGUAACGUGCCAUCGUUUUACAGUAACGUGCCAUCGUUUUACAGUAACGUGCCAUCGUUUUACAGUAACGUGCCAUCGUUUUACAGUAACGUGCCAUAGUUUUACAGUAACGUGCCAUAGUUUUACAGUAACGUGCCAUCGUUUUACAGUAACGUGCCAUCGCUUUACAGUAACGUGCCAUAGUUUUACAGUAACGUGCCAUCGUUUUACAGUAACGUGCCAUCGUUUUACAGUAACGUGCCAUCGUUUUACAGUAACGUGCCAUCGCUUUACAGUAACGUGCCAUCGUUUUACAGUAACGUG